AUGGUGGCUUCCUUCCCCAAGAUCAAGGAGGUGAAGACGUUCAUCAUCCAGGGCGUAGGCUCAGGCGGCGAUUAUCACAAUGUCAAGGGUGGGCACUGGCUGAUCGACUCGAAAAUCUCGACGCCCAUGUCGGGUUACGAAGCCUACCGCAAGUCGAGGACGAGCUGGGGCAUCAAUGUGCUUGGAUCCUUCUGCGUAGAGAUGGAAUCGGAUGAUGGGACCAAGGGCUUCGCAACGGGUUUCGGAGGACCACCAGCAUGCUGGCUGGUAGCAGAGCACUUCCGCAGAUUCUUGAUUGGAGCCGGUAGGGGGAGCAUCGCAACGGCGGCACAUGGCGAGGACAUGAUGAUUGACAAUCGGCAGAUCCCAGAGACACCAACCACCUCUUCGAGCAAAUGUACCGCGCGUCGAUGUUCUAUGGCCGCAAAGGGCUCCCGACGGCCGUGAUCUCUGUGAUUGACCUCGCGAUUUGGGACCUGCUCGGCAAGAUCCGGAAUGAGCCAGUGUACAAGCUGAUUGGAGGUGCGACAAGAGAGAGGCUCAGCUUCUAUUGCACCGGUCCACAGCCAGGAGCUGCAAAGGCGGCAGGUUUCAGUGGUGCCAAGGUGGCCCUGCCAUACAGCCCCGGUGAAGGCCCCGAGGGGAUGAGGAAGAACAUCGAAUACCUGGGACAGAUGCGGGCUGAAGUCGGUCCCGACUUUCCGUUGCGGGUGGACUGUUACAUGAGCUUGAAUGUGCCCUACACCAUCGAGCUGGCCGAGAAAUGCAAGGAUCUGGACAUUGAUUGGUGGGAGGAGUGCCUCUCGCCUGACGACUUCGACGGCCAUGCGCUGCUGAAGCGGGCCCAUCCCACCCUCAAGUUCACGACGGGAGAGCAUGAGUACUCCCGAUACGGCUUCCGCAAGCUCAUCGAAGGGCGCAACGUGGACAUUGUGCAGCCAGAUGUGAUGUGGGUGGGUGGCAUGACGGAGUUGCUCAAGAUCUCAGCCAUGGCGGCAGCAUACGACAUUCCAGUGGUCCCUCACGCGAGUGGGCCGUACUCGUACCAUUUUGUCGUCUCGCAGACGAACAGUCCUUUCCAAGAAUACCUCGCGAACUCGCCGGACGGCAAGAGCGUGUUGCCGGUGUUUGGCAAUCUGUUCACGAAUGAGCCAAUACCGGAGAAGGGAUACUUGGAUGUAUCGGUACUUGACCGGCCAGGCUUUGGGCUGGAAAUCAACCCCUCGGCACCGCUCAUCGAUGCAGCGGGGAUCCUCCACCCGGCGCCUUCGAAGCCCCUGUCGUUGCCCUCGCAAGUUGCCGACAGCGGUGAGGGCCAAGUCGACGGGGUGUCCUGA